AUGCAAAUCUUUGUGAAAACUCUAACAGGCAAGACCAUCACCUUAGAAGCAGAGCCAGACGAUACCAUUGAGAACGUGAAGGCCAAACUCCAGGACAAAGAAGGUAUUCCUUUGAACCAGCAGAGGCUGAUCUUUGCCGGCAAACAGCUGGAAGCUGGUAACACGCUAGCUGACUACAACAUCCAAAAAGAAUCCACUCUUCACUUGGUCUUGAGACUCCGGGGCGGCAUGCAGAUUUUUGUGAAAACACUGACUGGCAAGACCAUCACCCUAGAGGUGGAACCUAGCGACACCACAGAAAAUGUGAAGGCCAAACUGCAAGACAAGGAGGGCAUUCCUCCUGACCAGCAAAGGUUGAUCUUUGCUGGUAAGCAGUUGGAAAAUGGCCGCACCUUGUCUGAUUACAACAUACAAAAAGAGUCCACUCUUCACCUGGUACUACGUCUUAGGGGUGGCAUGCAGAUCUUUGUAAAAACCCUGACAGGCAAGACCAUUACUCUGGAAGUUGAGCCCAGUGACACAAUUGAGAAUGUGAAAGCUAAAAUCCAAGACAAAGAAGGCAUUCCACCAGAUCAGCAGAGACUCAUUUUUGCUGGCAAACCGUUGGAAGAAGGCCGUACACUGUCUGACUACAACAUCCAGAAGGAGUCCACACUGCAUUUAGUCCUGAGGUUAAGGGGAGGGUACUGA